AUGACUACGGAUGAAGAACAAAACACCAAGACACGCGUUGACAUUGUUAUUGUUGGAGGGGGCCCUGUUGGAUUGCUUGCAGCCAACCUUGCCGUCAAGUAUGGUUUAUCGGUGCGCAUAGUGGACAUUGAAUUUGAGCCACAACAUUGGGGACGUGGUGAUUGGGUUCAUGGUCGUACCCUUGAGCUACUUGACCACAGUGGUUUGGCCGCCGAUUUGUUAGCUACGGGUGUACGCGUGGAAGCAUUUUCACAUCAUCAUCAGCAAGUGUCAACAAGCAUAGCCUAUGCACCUGAACAUGUGGUUUCGAAAUACAAACAUGUUUUAUGUGUGGGACAACACAUCACUGAAUCCAGUCUACAACAUACACUCUCUGAACAUGAUGUACAAGUUGAAAGGCCUUGGACUGUCAGCCAAUUCCAAAAGGAUGGGGCAGAUUCGGAAUAUCCACUCUCAGUGACUCUCAAGCACAUGUUGGAUAAUAGCACUAUCGACAUCCGUGCAAAGUACUUGUUCGGGUGUGAUGGAGCCCACAGCGAAAUACGAAAGCAGCUCGAUAUUGCUUAUGAGGGAGAGUCCAGCAAAAAGAACCAUGGCGUGCUUGAUGCUCUGGUCCAAACCAGCUUUCAUGAUAGAAAGAGUAUUAGUUUCAUCAAAGGACCUUUUGGCACCCAUGCAUGUAUGUUCCCAAGGGAGAAUAAUCUUGUACGUGUGAUGGUGCAGUUAUCGGAUGAAGGUGAUCGCAACCAGAUCCAUUUGGAGACAGUGCAACAUGAAGCAAGAAGGGCCUUGUUACCUCACCGCGUGGAGUUCAUAGGGACGAUGUGGUGGACUAUUUACCGUGUCGGUCAACAUGUUGCUACGCACUAUACAAGUUCCCAAGAGGAUCCACGUAUCUUUCUCUGUGGAGACGCAUGCCAUUCUCAAAGCCCUACGCUUGGACAAGGUCUCAAUACCGGAUUUGGCGAUGUAUUCAAUCUGGUGUGGAAGAUAGCGAUGGUCGAAUCAGGACAUGCCAAGUCAACAUUGCUCAACACAUAUGAAAAUGAACGACGUCCAGUGGCAGAGCAAGUGAUUGCAUUGGACAAGCAGAUUGUGCAAGCGGCCGAGUCAAAAGAACAAGAGAAUUUGGAGGCUCUUUUACGACAACACCAACUCUUCAUAUCCGGAUUUGGUAUCAGCUAUGGUCAUGGUGAUAAUGGCGUGAUGAUUCAAACUGGCGACCGUGCACCUGAUUUCAAGGUAGUCCAUUAUGCAACGGGUGCCAAGGUGCGAUUAUACGAUGUGUGGCGACAACAAGUACAAAGCAGCAGCAGUAUGAUGGGAGGAGGAUGGGGAUUUCAUUUGCUCGUAUUGGCACAUGAUAUCACUCAAUCGAUGGAUGCUGUUAUCAAGGGACUCAAGGAUUUUACGGUACCAUCAUGGAUGCAUGUGCAUAUCAUUACAACUACUGUACAAAAAGGUGUUAUUGAAAAGCAAUUAUCACAACAUCAGCAGCAACAGGAUGUUGAGGGUGGUAUUGUCAUUGAUCCACAAUGGGUGUACAUGGACAAGAUCAAUCAGGCGCAAUGUCAUCAUGGCUUGAUUCAAGAUUACAACAGCAACAACAACAACAACAAGAAUGAUCCAGUGGCAAUCGUGGUACGACCUGAUUUGCAUAUCGGUUGGAUAGGCGAUUUCUCCAAGCUGUCUUUGGGAUUCAUUGCUUAA